AGGUUAAACAAAUUAAAAAAUUUGAUUUAUAAAAUUAUUGAAGAUUUAAAAAAAUUUUGGAUUUCAAUAUUUCUUAAGAAAAUCAAAAAAGUUGAACAAAUUAGUAUCAUGGAAAGCUGUGAUUUAAAGAAUGAAAAUAAGAAGACAGCUCCAGAACAAGAAUUAAUAGACUGGUUAUUUUGUUGUAAGGAGAAGUUUAGUGUGAAACAUUCACUUGAUAUUUUCCCCCAAAAGUCACCUGAUCAAAUAACUGACAAACAAGUUGUAAGUUCUCAGAAAGACUUUUCAGUAUUUUCAUUAUGGGGAAAAUCGAUUUCAGAAGAUCCUAAUGUAACAAUAUUUGAUGACAUAAAAUACUUAUUUAAAAAUGAUACUUUCAAAAGCCACCUGCAGAAAAAUUUUUUCAAUAAUGGAAAUUGGAAUUGUAUCAGGUCUUUAAAAACAUCUGGAGCAAAUACCAGAUUUCAACAAAAAUUAAAGGAUUCACAAUUGGUUAAAAAAUUCUCUGAAGAAAUUCAAACAAAUGUUGAAAACUUAAAUAAAAACAAAAUUGAUAUACAACCUUUCAAUUUAACAUCAAAAAUAUUAAAUGAUAGCAAAACGAGUAAAAGAAUGUUGGAUGAUUAUGAUGAUGAUGAAACAUCUUUCUUAGAAAAAAAGAUUAAAGUUGACACUAUUUUAUCAUCUAGUUAUAACAAUAUGACAUCCAAAAGCUCAACUAAAAAUGUGGCGUCUAUGGCAUCUAGUAAAAAUGAAACAAUGUUGACCUCAAAUCAAAAUGGCUUGGUUGUAACAGGGAAAAAAAUUAUGAAAUCAAUAUCAAGUUUUGUGAGUGGACAUAAAAAGAACAAUGUAGAAAUAGUAGAAGAUGAAGAUUCUGUUGGAUCUAAAGUCGAAUGCCCUAUGUGUCAUAUGUUGUUUGAUGAAGUUAGCAUUAAUAUACACGCUUUUAACUGCCAAGGUCCAAUUCUUACAAGAAAAAGUUCUCGAUCUUCACAAGUAUCAAAUCAAAAUAUGUUAUUUAAUCAGGAUGAUUGGAUAAAAGCAUGCGAAAACUUAGACCCUAAAUUUCCAGAAGAGAAGGCAAUUUCCGAUGAGGUAUUAAAAAAAUAUGUCUCUGAUAAUGUCUGGAAAGAAAGUAGUAAACAGAAAGAAAAAAAGAUAAAAAAAAACCAACAUGUUGGAAUACCUAUAAAAGAGAUAUCGGUUGUAGAAGAAAGUUCUAAACAAAAUCCAGAAGUUUUUCGCAAUAAACAAAGCAAAGAUCCUAACUUAUUUUCUUCAAAAGGAAAGGACGCACGAUUGUUUUUAAAGAAACUUUGCGUUCCAUCGGAAAAUACAUUGAAAAUAAAAACAAAUAAAAAUGCGUCUAAAAGAAAUUUUGACGAUAGUCAAAAUGAUCCAUCUGACUUCAAAUGUUGUAAAUGUCAAGAAAUGUUUACAACUGUUGCUCUGCUUCAAUGUCACACAGACUUGUGUCUUUCUGAAUGACACACAGACUUGUGUCUUUCUGAAUGACACACAGACUUGUGUCUUUCUGAAUGACACACAGACUUGUGUCUUUCUGAAUGACACACAGACUUGUGUCUUUCUGAAUGACACACAGACUUGUGUCUUUCUGAAUGUCACACAGACUUGUGUCUUUCUGAUGCAAAAUAGUGUAAAAAUAUUUA